AUGUCGGAGUUAGUAGGUGCAGAGGCAUGGGCAGUUGGGGCGGAAACAGAAGAGUUGGUUGACAUGAACGAUACCGGUUCGGAAGAGUACCCCAGUGGGAGCGAAAACGGGGAAGAGCAUUACAAGCCCUCUCGCAAGCCCCGAUGGCGUGAAAAGCUCCCGCGCCCAGCAACCCUCCGCCCAGGGCAGAUGUACUUCUCGUCUCACUUCCAUGUCAAGCUCACUAUAUCCCAGCAGAAAAGACUCGGGGCAAGCAACUCUGGCACUAGGAAUAAGUGCAGGAAGAGUCGACCUUUGGUAAUAGUUGAGGUUUCAGGAGAACGUGCCCUCGCAAUGUAAGUUGGACCCUACUCAUAAUGUUUGGGAGGAGGGGCUAAGUUAGCAGGUUCUCUACUACUAGGGGGGGGGAGACGUGGCGCGGGGUGACAGAAGACAUAGCUAGGAGUUUUCUACCCAUCUCACCUACGAGGAGUGAGUUUGAAAGACCAGUGGUCAAUUUGGCGGACGAUGAGCGCCAUGUAUUCGUUGGGUCCAGUCUCUUCUUCCUAGAAACCCAAAACAAAAUCAGCUCGAAGCAUCUUAGUGAUUACAUCGGUAGUCUUACAGAAGAGGGUCUUGCGACCUUGAAGGCCGAGCACAGGAGGUGGGUAGACGGUAGAGGGGUAGUCCCGUCUGUGAGUCAUUGGAAGGAGGAGGGUGAUGAAGAGGAGGAUAAAGAUGGCGAUGGCGAUGAAGAUGAGGUGGCCGAGGUGGAGGGUGAGGAGGGAGCGGCAGGUUGCUACAAGAAUGCUGAUGGUGAGGGUUGGACUACUGUUCCUCCUCGGAAGAGGCCUCAAAGUGUCCGUGGUAGAGGUUGGAGAGACAAUAGAAACAAAGGUAACUGUCAUGAAUCUUUGAGUUGUGGGUAUCUAAUUGGAGGAAAGAGGGCUCAGAUUUGA